AAAUGCCUUCAAAAUAAUAAGUCCAGCUAGAAGCCAGAAAAGAGCAUGCAAGAGAAUUAAGAAAAGCCCAUUUUCAUUUAGGAUUUGAAAAAGGAAUCUAAAAAGAAACUGAAUCUUAAUACUAGGAAGAUUACAAAGCAUAUAAUUUAGAAGCAGCAUAAAAAACUAAAGAUGAAAUGCAGAAACUCCAAAAAGAUUUAAGAUCAAAUCAUUAUAUAUUAGGAACCGAUAAUGACGCAAGUAAAAUAUUUAUUUCAACAGCUGCCUAAUCAUUUUAGUAGCCAAAAAAUCCCCAAAUAUCACAAUUAUCUUUAGAAACAAAAAACGAUUUGCGAAGCCACCAUUUUAAUUUAGGAUAUUCAAAAGAUCCUGAAAUAUCUGAUUAUAAAAUUAACUAUGACCCCAAGUAAAUCAACUUAGAUGUCUUAAAAGAUAAAAAAGAACAAAUAAACAUGCUAAGGAAACACAAUCAUGACUUCGGAGAUAAUAAAGACUAUUACUCAUCCAUUUAUAAUGAGAAUUUUAGUAAAACAUAUGAUCCUUAAUACUUAAAACAAGGUAAAUCCAAGCAAGAAAUUCUCGAAUAAAUAAUCGAACUGAGAAAAACAAACCUUUCAAUGGGAAAUAAUAAUCCUUAAUAUACUUCAGAAGCUAUGGCUGAGUUUAAUGUUAAGCCUUCUGCCUGUAGAGCUUUGAUGGAUUAGAAUUUGAAAAAACUAAUUUCGUUUUAGGGGAUGAUAAGGAUUUAUUUCAUACUAUAUUUAAAGAUAAUUUUAAAGGAGAAUAACUUUCUUAGCACGAUCCUAAUAAAAUAAAAGCUUUGUCAAAAGAUUUAAGAUCUGCACAUUUUACACUUGGAAACGAUCCAAGAGCCUUUCUUUCAGAAGCUCAUAGAAAUUUUGUUUAACCUGGAAAAGAUGUCUUGAAUUAAGCUACUGAUAUGUCUUAUUUAUAUAAAAAUCAUUUUAAUUUAGAAGGAUUUGGAGGUACUGAUCCAACAAAGCAUUAUGUUUCAGACUAUAAAAAUAAUUUUGGAAAAAAAGAACUAGAAAAAAAUGCAAAAAUAAGAGAUGAAAAAGCAGACAGAAAAUCAAAUAUUGUUUUAGGUUCUGAUUAAAUAGAAGAUUAA